AUGAAAUUAUUUACAGUGGUAGUAUCUCUCAUAUCCGUUUUGCUGCUUUUGAACAUUUUAAGCAUCUAUUUAAGCCACCCUAUCUCAAAAGAAACUUUUUUAAAGAAAAUCUAUGAAGAAAUCACACAUAAAAACUAUGAAGAAUCUGAAGCUUGAAAAUAUUAUUUAAGCACAAUAAAUUAUCAACCUAAUUUUCAUAAAAUCCUUGCAGAUGACGAUUAUUGUGAUAGUGUUAAGGAAUAUAGACUAAAUAACCCUGUUAAGCUGGACUCAAGAGGACUUCCGGUGCAUGAGGACAAGAUAAUUUAUUCGAACUUCCCCAAAUGAUAUUUUACUAAAAAAACACUUGCUCCCUAUAUGAUCGAACAAAAAAAUUUUAUUUGUUCAUAAAUGGAAUUUUAUAGUAAGUUUUUUUUUCUCAAAAUUUAAAAAAUCCUAUUUCGCAAAAUUGGAAAUUACAAUUAAUUUAGUUUAUGUUUUAGAAUGCAAGCUGUUUAAAAUUUAGCAGAUUAGCUACAAAUUUAAUUUUUAAUAUUUAUCACUUAUACGUCAAAAUAUUUUUCCAUCAAAAUUUUUUAUUAAUAAAUUUAUUGUUAGUUCAUGGAAAGUGAUUUUUUACCCAAAAAAUGUGAUUUUUCUAAUAUUGGUGUUUGCUUAAAGGGGAGGAGUUAUAGAAAAUUACAAUGUUGUAUAUCCUGAAUAUUACUUAACAAAUGUACGUAAAAAUAAGCCUGCUCAUUUGCCUUUAAAUAUCACAAUGUUUUUCCAUAUGGUAUUCAAUACACAUCAGUUUAUGGAAAUUGGGAAACAUUUUGUGUGUCCUGGGCAACGAUAUAAUCACAUUCCAGGAAAUACCUAUAUUGACGCAAAAGAUGAAAGUAUUAUGGACUUAGUAAAAUAUUCUGACUCCCCCCCCACUCCGUGAGUGAACAAAAAAAUUUUGUUCACUCACGGAGGGGGGUUAAUUUUUUUUUUUUAAAAAAUUUAUAUAUAAAUUUUAAAAAAAAUUUGUUUUAGAAAUUUAAAAAAAAUCCUAAUUCGCAAAAAUCGGAAAGAAAUAUUAAUUUAAUUUAUAAAAUUUAUGUUUUAAAAAGCAAUUCGUUUAAAAUUAAACAGAAUUAGCUCAAGAUUUCCUUAUGGGUUUUUGGGCAAAAAUAGCGAUUUUUCUAAUGGUUUUGUUCACUCACGGAGGGGUGGGGGAGUGAGCAGUUUAGUGGUCGAAAACAAUGUUUUGAUAUAUGAGCAUUUACUCCAUAUACAUUAAUUUUGAGUAACGAAAAAGAGUGUGCUCUUUUUAUGCAAAACCUAAAAGAAAAUAUGAUAUUUUAGAUAAAUACUCUUAUAGAAAAUGUAAAAGUAUAUUAUUUUCAUUUAUCUGCAAGGAACAUAUAUCACAAAAUGAGCUCCAAUGGAUUUAUAAAGAAGCAAAAGAAAGUAACCAAGGCUUUGGGGUGAAAGUUGUAGACAAACAAUUAUCUUCAACGUUUUUAGAAGACUUUGAGAAAAGUGGCAGCUGUAAAUCUCACAGUGGACGAAUUGCUCAAAAAUACAUAAGCAAUCCAUACUUAAUAAAUGGCAAAAAAUUCGAUUUCAGAGCUUAUAUGUUUGUAGCCAGUAUGGAUCCAUUGAUGGUAUUAUACCACGAUGGAUUCUUAAGGAUUUCUGUUGAUGAGUUUAAUAUCACCUCAACUGAUGGCUGGCGGCACAUUACAAACACAGGUCAAGCAAAGGGCUAUUUUAAAGCAAACAACUACACAAGUGAGCUUAUUUCAGAAACUCUAGAAGAUUUAGGCUGAAUGUACCCUCAAUUUCUCGACUAUCUAGUCGAGAGAAAGGACGCUGGCUCUGAUUGACUAGAAAAAGAAUUUCGGCCCACUAUAAAAUCAGCCAUCAUUCACAUUAUGCGAUCUGCCCUUCAUAGGCUUCCCAGGCAUCCUCAGCUUUUUGAGCUAUUUGGGCUAGAUUUUAUUAUGGACGAUAACAUGAAGCUCUGGUUUAUCGAAGCAAAUUAUGACCCAGGAAUUACUUCUAACACCAAAGCAAAAGAAGCUAUGAAUUCCAAAAUGACUAUAGAUAUAAUCGAAUUAGAAUACGCAUUAGGAUACAACCCAAGCUUAUUUGAUGAAAUUUUAAAUAAUACUUCAUUUCAAUGGGUUAUUGAUGAAAGAAAAAAAGGGGUUGCUAAAUAUCAUGGGCUAUUAGGAGAAGAUUGCUUAUAA